AUGAAAGUCGAAAGAAUCCUCUGCUACCCCAUCAAAGCCCUCCGCGAAGUCGACCUCGACAGCGUCCAAGUCACCAAACACGGCUUCCCUCACGACCGCCGCUUCAUCCUGCUGCACGUAGACCACAAAGAUGGCAAACCCAACUACAAAAACAUCCAUAUCGGCCACUACCCCCAGUCCGCCCUCUUCUUCCCCAGCUUGGAUACAUCCGCGGAUCUGAUCAGAGUAACCUACAAACCCCCCAAAUCCACCAACGCCGCCGAGAGCACACUGGACAUCGCCCUCAAACCUUUUGUAGACGACCGCGACAUCGUCGACGUGGAAAUGCACAAAUCCCCAACCAAAGCCUACCUCAUGGAUCCCGCCCACCACGCCUGGUUCUCCAAACACUACGGCAUCGACGUAGUCCUCGCCUACCUGGGACCCCACUACAGACCCGUCCUCAUGUCCUCCUCCCUCAACGGUCCCGCGCCCCCUGCCCCCGGCAAGGAACCAGCAGGCUGGCUCACAUCGCUCUCAAAAACUGUCCUAGGCGGACCCAAGCCGGAGCAGGAAGUAACCUUCUCAGACUGCGCGCCCUACCUCAUCGCCUCCAGCGCCUCCAUGGAAGACCUCCACCACCGCUUACCUGAAGGCGAAAGGAUGAACAUCGAAAAAUUCCGGCCGAACAUAAUCGUCUCCGGCGCUGAUGGGGCCUGGGAUGAAGAUUUCUGGGGCGAAAUUACCAUCACCAAACCUGGUGAUGGUGACGAUGACAAUGCUACGAGAAUUGCAUGUAUCCACAACUGCGGCCGCUGCAAAAGCAUCAACAUCGACUUCGAAACCGGCGCGCCGGGCGAAGGCGCGAGUGGGCAGAUGUUGAAACACAUGCAGAAGGAUCGAAGGGUUGAUCCCGGGAUGAAGUAUUCGCCGAUUUUUGGGCGGUAUUCGUUUUUGGGGAAGGGGUGUGAGGGGAAUGUUAUUGGGGUGGGCGAUGAGGUGGUUGUGAGUAGGAGGAUUGGGGAGAGGACGAAGUUUGAUUGGGCUGGAUUGUGCACUCUGCCGAGUAGACAGUAG